CAACGCCAUCUAUAUCUGUAAAGAAGAGACUCGAAACCGAAAAUAAUAUUCACGAAUCUAUACUGUAAUCCACCAUACUUUCGCCAUUUUCUGGACCUACCUGGAAAAUAAAGAUUCCAAUGACCCUUAGCAUCUAUGCGUAGGCAAUAACUGGUAUCGUGAGGUGUUAAAAUGACUAUUCUCCCUAAGAAGAAGCCUCAGCAGGCCUCGUCCGGCGGCGGAGAAGGAGAGACCGUCGAGCCACCGAAUUCUGUUCCCCACCAACACCAGUUGCCCAUCGGCUCGAUUCCUAAUCACAUUCAGGCUGGUGAAGCAUCAUCUAGAGGGCCCUUAUAUCUAGCAUCACAGUCACCUACACCUUGUUGGCCACCACCACCACCGUCAGGUACCACUAGAGAAGAAAAGCGCCCACCUCAUACAACUCCAUCACACUAUGAAGAUGCACAUGAAAGUGGCCCAUCACACAGUAAAAGGCGCUAUCGGGCAAGUCCACUUAGAAGUGUCCGCCCUAAGCACCGUGACCACAGAGAACAUAGAGGAAAUACCUCACCUCCAUAUCCAAGCACCAGUUCAGGAUGGAACGUAACAUCAGUCAGUCAUACUCAUCAGCAUCCUCAUACUCUGCCUAUGUCUACUUCCAUCACUCAAACACUGACCCCAGCAUUGUCAUCUCAACAGGCUGGACCUUCACAAGCCCCAGAAGAAGAAGACAAUGAUCACAGUGGCUACAACAGUGGUGAUGAAUAUGAACCUUGGGGUUGGAAUCUUACAGCAGAAGAAUGGGAAGAGAAAGAGCGAAGGUUUGAGAAAAAGAUGAAAAAGAAAAAUCUUAUAAUUAAAAAAAUGAGGGAAGAUGGAGCAUGCCUGUUUCGUGCUAUUGCUGACCAAGUUUAUGGUGACCAGGAUAUGCACAGCUGCGUACGCAAACACUGCAUGGACUACAUAGCAAGGAAUGAAGAUGCCUUUGCUCCAUUUGUAUCCGAGAACUUCCAGACGUACGUAACAAGAAAGCGCCGUGAUGACUGUUUUGGGAAUCAUAUUGAGCUUGCUGCCAUGUCUGAGAUGUAUAAUCGUGUGAUUGAAGUGUACUGCUACAGUGUUGAACCAAUCAAUAGUUUUCAGGGUUCGCUACAAACUGACAAUGAACCUAUUCGUGUAAGUUACCACUUUGGUACUCACUACAAUAGCCUGGUUGAUCCUUUCAAAGCUACCAUUGGUGUAGGACUCGGUCUUCCUGGGUAUCAACCUGGUCUUGCUGAAAAGAACCUCAUGAAAGAAGCUACCAGGCAAAGUGAAAAUGUUGUGUUAGAGCAGGCUAUGUUGGAGGACAAAAUCAGAGCUACAGAUUUUGAAGCUACAAGUGAAGCUAUAGAAGAGCAGGUUGCCCAUGAGAGUUAUCUACAGUGGCUACGUGAAAAUGAGAAACGCUCUAAGGGCCAGCGAUCCCCUACCUCACCUUCUGGAUCUGGUGCUAGUGACCGAUGCAGCCGUGGCCGAUCAUCACCUCUUCUUCAGGGCCCACAGCCAGAGUCAUCUUCAGAUUCCUCUCGCAGCUCCCCCAGAUCCAGUGAUCUUGCAAGAUUAUCACCGAGGGGCUCAAUGUCUCCCAGAGGAUCCUCGUCACCUAGAGGAUCAACAUCUCCUAGAAGUUCAUCAUCUCCGAGAGGAUCUACUAGUUCAAGUAAAUCUUCAUCGGGACAGGAAAUGGACCCAGCCAUUCCUGGAUCUUCCAAAGAUCCCAUGCCCUCGUCAUCAGGUUAUUCAUCCUUGAGUGACUUUGAGCUGAAUGAGACUGCUUCUUUUCUUAAUCAACUACCACCAGACAUGUUUGGACUAAGUGAAUAUUCCAAUGCAGAGGCUGACAUCCUGGCUCAAGUCCUUGCAGCUAGCCAGCAGGAAUACUUGGAUUCGUUAAAAAAUAUUAAGGAUGAAAAUUAUGACUCUUCCUCUUCCUCCUAACAUUACCAUUAUUAAUAGAUUGGUUUAAAAAUGUAGAUUCACUUGGCAAUUAGCUCAUCAUGUUCUUCAAAUGAGUGUAGUUAAGAAUACUGAUGAGCAUGAAUAUUUUGCACUAAAUUAAUCUUUUACUAUUAUUUUGUUGUGAUAAAUUAUGGAUAAAUAUAACCUGAAGCGAGUCUGUAUUGUCUUAUGCAUAAGGUAUUUCAUCCAUUCACUUCUUUUAACCAUGCAACUUCAGGACAGUAUGCUGCAGAUUUUAAUGUGGUUUGCCAAUUUUUCCAAGUUUAGUUCAAAAGUCAGAAAUAAACUAACUAUAUUAGUAAUGUCUGGACAGUACGCUGCAUAUUGUAAUGAGGGUUGCUUUUUUUUCAAGUUAGUCCAAAAAUACUGUAUUAAUUUUGUAAUUUGAUUCAGUCCAGUUCUGCUUUACUAUCUGGUAUGAAUAUCAGUCAUUUACCAAAAUGUUUUGAUCGUUGGUAAAGUUAGCAUUACUGUAAAUAGUCAUAUCUCAUGAAUCAUACACAUACCAUAUCAUUGGAACAAGUUGUCUGAUAUCAGAUAGAAAGGCUUUAUAAAGAUGUAGUUUUUGCUGCUGCUGUUGUGCUACUGCCAAUUUACCUUAACCACUUGUGAAAUCAGUAUUUUAAGGUUAUAAAUACCAACUAAAAUCUUCAGUUUUGAUCAAAUAUUGGCCAUGAUCAGUCAAAUUAAUAUAAUCAAAGCCUGUAUUUACUAAGAAAUGUAGCUUGAUACGAUUUACGAUUAUCACGAAAAUACAGAGGAAGCAGUUAUGUCA